CUUCUCCAAAUCAUGUGCGUUUCUAUGACCUUUCACCUAGAUUCGAAAGCGCGGCUGCUGUUUGUGUGUGUCGAUAAAGCCGAUUCGAAUCCAGAUCAACUACGGAAGUUCCAAUUUAUUACAGACUGAAGAACAAUGUGGACCUCUCUUGCUAGAUGCCUAUCAAGAAGAAUCACUGUGCAUCUAGAAGGGCCGCGGUCUCUGCAGAGAGCCGUGAAGGUCAGGGGCUUCUUCCCACUGCAGACCUGGCCUGUUCCAUGCCGCUGCAUGAGGAUGGGCACAGCUCCCAGGAUGGACGGAGUGACCCCUGCCAUCCGCCAGGUCCAGGCUCUGGAUGCAGAGCGCUACGUCAGCGUCCGGUGGGAGGACGGCACCCGGAGCCUGUAUCCGUACGUGUGGCUGCGGGAUAACUGCCAGUGUGCGCACUGCUUCCUCCACUCGGCCAAGGCACGCAAGCUUCUCCUGACAGACCUGGACGUAACCACAAGGUUGGAAAGAGUGACGCUCACGGAACCCACAAAGGUAAGCGUGGUAUGGCCGGACCAGCACACCAGCGAGUUUCAUGCUGAAUGGUUAAAGAAAAGGUGCUUUUCCCAGUCAGCCAGACAGAAGCAGCAGGAGGAGCUUUUUCUCAAUGCUCGGCAUUGCUGGGGCUCGGGACUGCGAGUCCCCACUGCCAGCUUCGAGGAGGUCGUGAGGGAGGAUGAGGCUGCAUUCGCCUGGCUCCACACCCUGAGGAGAGUUGGGAUCGUGCUUCUGAAAGGAGCACCGGUGGAGCAGGGGCAGGUGACCAGGCUCAGCAAGAGGAUUGGCUACCAUCGGCUGACUUUUUACGGGCACACCUGGCAAGUGCAGGACAAAGCAGAUGCCAACAACGUGGCAUACACCUCCGAGAAGUUGAGUCUUCACUCCGACUACCCUGCCCUGCACAAUCCACCUGGGGUCCAGUUCCUGCACUGCAUCAAGCAGGCUGCCGAGGGGGGCGAGAGUGAGAUUGUGGACGGCUUCCACACGGCCAUCCAGCUGAGGAAGGAGAACCCUGAAGCCUUUCGACUCCUCACCUCCCUGAGAGUGGACUUCACUGACACCGGGGCAGACUACUGUGACUUCCAAGUGCAGUCCAAGAAUACAAUCAUUGAUGUAGACUGCGAUGGCCAGGUGGUGAGGAUUAACUACAACAAUGCAACCCGGGACUCCACACUGGACUUGCCCCUCGAACAGGUCCAGCCCUUCUACUCCGCUCUCAGAGCCUAUGUGGAUCUCAUGAGCAGGCCGGAGAACGUGGUCACUUACAGAAUGGAGCCAGGUGACGUGGUGACGUUUGAUAACUGGCGCCUGCUUCACGGACGCCGGAGUUACACCUCUGUCCCCGGCCAUGCCCGGCACCUGGAGGGGGUGUACCUCGACUGGGACGAGGUGAUGUCCAGACUGCGGGUCCUGAGGACAGCCUUAAACAGAGAGGCUUAAACCAGUCAGCACAGAGCAGGGCUUUAGGGUAUUCCAAGGAAGAUAACUGACCUCCCCACUGUAUAACUGUUACUAUGAGUUUUUAAUAAGACACACCUGAGCUUGUUACCUGUACACCGUGGCUAAUCAAGUUUGUAGUAAAACCUGGAGUGGGUGAAACUGCUAUGCAAUAAGAGUCUUAUUUCCACCCGUGAAGUACAAAGUACUGUAGGUUUGCUAAGGUACGAAUGUUUUAUAGCAUAGGGUUCCAGUGUACCACUUAAAGAGCAACUUGGGUUAUGGCUAUGGGUAUGAAAUAUCAGUGUUAUCUUAACUGGUGUAUCGCAUCUUUUUCUUGUUUCCAUUCAUUCAGUGUCAUUAUCUCUUUCAGUCAUCACAUCCUGGUGACCUUUUAAACCUUUUUAUUCUCUUGCAAUAAGAAGUAAAUAUGGAUGUCAGGUGAUGGCCAGGGCCGCUGGAACUAGGAGUGCUGGGGGUGCGGCAGCACCCCUGGCUUUGCAUGGCUUCCAUCAUAUACAGGGGCUCCAGUUUUGUUCAGUGGCUUUCAGCACCCCACUAUAGAAAUUGUUCCAGCGCCACUGGUGAUGGUUGCCCCUCGAUUCAGGUAUUAUCCGACAUGGAGGUAGUUGAGGGGAGAGGUGUUAGUAAACAGACAGCAUCCCUGUACCUGUCGUGAUCCUGCCGGCUCCAUUGAGCCACAGGGGGGGGGUAAACGUGCGAGUUUUAAAAAGCCACCAGGAAGUGAUGACCUGAAACAGGAAAUGACAUAAAGUGCAUCUUAACAAUAACCAAAAAAAUCACAAAACGUGCAUCAUAAAUAUAAAUAUAAAUCUGCCUUUCUUUUUAAACACCUGAAUAAGUGCUUGCCUGAAACGUCCUGAAAAUUAAAAAAUAUUUUAUCUUUUAAACUUUGUGUACAUUAAAAAAAAAAAGUAUUUAAUUCACAUAUAUAUAUAUAUAUAUAUAUAUAUAUAUAUAUAUAUAUAUAUAUAUAUAUAUAUAUAUAUAUAUGGACAAUAUUUUAUUUCAUGGAUUAAAUAACUGUUAAAACAGAAAAGUUUUGGUAACACUAUACAUUGAUAUUUUCGCACAAUAUAUGUAAGUACGUAAUUGUAUCAGAAAAGGGUUAGGGUUGGAGAUAGGGAUAGGGUGAGGGUUAUAUCGUGCAAAAAAUAUAUACACUAAGUACAGUGUAACUGUAUAAUAACAUUGUAAUUGUUUAAGUACACAUGUAUUUACUAAGUAACUACUAUGUAAAUACACAGUAAUUAGACACUUAAUGUAAAGUGUUACCAAAUAUUAUUAUUAUUAUUAUUAUUAUUAUUAUUAUUAUUAUUAUUAUUAAUAAUAAUAAUCAAAACAUACUUUAAUAGGGCUGCAGUGUGGAGUAGUGGUUAGGGCUCUGGACUCUUGACCAGGAGGGUCGUGGGUUCGAUCCCAGGUGGGGGACACUGCUGCUGUACCCUUGAGCAAGGUACUUUACCUAGAUUGCUUCAGUAAAAACCCAACUGUAUAAAUGGGUAAUUCUAUGUAAAAUAAUGUGAUAUCUUGUAACAAUUGUAAGUUGCCCUGGAUAAGGGCGUCUGCUAAGAAAUAAAUAAAUAAUAAUAGGUCCCAAUAUCACAGAGCUGUUAAUAAGUGAAUCCACCAGAGGGCGGUAUUGAUAAUUUGCUGAAUGUCAGCUGGGGGACUGUUGCUGCCGUUAUGCCAAACUGGUCCCCUUACCGAAUCUGAUCCUUAGGUGAGAGUCCGGAACGUUUUGAUUAGAUAUUGCAUGUACUGCACAGUUGGAUUUAUUGGCAUUACAUUACUAUUAUGGUGUAUAAUUGCAUUUGUUUUUUUGCAUAGUUUUAGAAAUGGCUUACUCAUUAAAUUGUGAAUGAAAGAUGUGUACACAUUAGAGUGUAGAAAAAUAGGAAGAUAGAAUGCAUGGCUUGAAUGUUUUAUACCUUUAUUUUUUCGGAGGGAUCUAACUUGCAAUAUUCUGAUACGCAUGCGACUUAUUUAAAAGCAAAGUAUUUAACAGAUGCAAGCUAUUUUCCCAGACAAAUAAAUAUGAUUUAUAAAACGUCAUACACAGUUUAGCAAGCACUUGUAGAUGGGCUGCUGAUCAGCGUGGUUUGAGCCAUGUGCUAAACGUGCUCAGGUGUAGAGAAGCCACAGAACACCAGGCACAUAGAGAAGCCUGCUUUUGUGAUCCCGCAGUAAAAUAAAUAAUCACAGGGAAACAGUUAAUAAAUAAAUGAGGGGCAACAGACUUGAGUGCUCUUCAAGGCUGAUACUGUUCUAGCUCCGGCAAAGUGGCGGUCAUAGUUUCUGGAAUCAUUUUUUUUACCACUCAUUGCGUGUUUCCUGCCUUGUGGCUGUGCAGCAGUGUGAUUCUGUUCUUCAAAAACUAUUACGAUGACCCCUGCAUUUUUGGUACUUAUUCUGUAAAUAGUGACUCUCUAAACAUAUACUGAAGUUGUUAUUUCAUGGUUUGGACUGCCUUAAUUGUAACAGUCACACUUUUAAGGAGAUGCUACCUGUAUCUGAAAGCAGGGGUUUUGCAAAAAAAAAAGAAAAACCUCAGCUGUAUUUGGUAGUUGCCUGAUUUCUUAACAUAGCUCUUGCAUGACGUUUAGCGUUUGUACAGCUGUACAGCUGUGUAACACUUAUUUACCUGUAAAGGGCCUUUUUGUUUGUGAACAUCUGAUCUUUUAAACCUUAAAUAAGGUUGUUAAUACCUUUACACAAUAAGACUCUGGUUUGGGCUUCGCUAAGCUGACAUCAUGAAAUGAAAGGGAAGGAAAGGAAAUGAAAGGAAUAUUUACCUGAACGCUCUUCCUUUGAUCUCCGGCUUCUUACAUGAAAGAAAGCGAUUGAUACUGCUAUUUGCCAACAGGACUCCAGCUGACAGAUUUGUUACAAUUCAGUCAGUCAGUCCCCCCCCCCUCCCCUCCCUUUAUUCACAGCAAAGCAAGAAUUUGCUCUCGGGGAUCCAUUGAUGCAUAUAAUCGUUUCUGACAUCAAGUGAUCAGCAUUAGACAGCAUACAUUUUAUUAAAGAAUGACAAAUGGUAAAACUUUUCUAUUGCAAAGUAUACAGGUGCUGCAUAGACUUUGCAGAACCAGCUAACAUGAAUGGCACACAGAGUUAUUAAUCAACGUUGGUUAUCUUGUAACGUGUGGAGGAAACAAUGCAAAUGUUCUCUUUUGUAUCUGUGCACAGCCAUGCAAUUCAAUGCAUAGAUUUGUUGUAAUGUAAGCCAGGAAAUACAGAUGCAUUUAUAUUUGCAAACUUUUGAAUAAAACAUCUUUUUUUUUU